UCCUUCGUGAAGGAACGUGCUAUACAUACUCGUACCUAACGCGAACUUCCAAUAUUUCCCGCCAAAUUUAUCGGUACCACGUGUUCUCCAAAAAAUCAUUGAUUAACAAACUCGUGCAUCAAAACGUUCGUCUAAUUUUUAUCAUCUCGUAUUUACGAUAGUCUUCAACCACGUUUUCUUUUUUUUUUUUUUCCAUUGUACAAAUAAAAAGGAAGGAUUAUAAAAUUUGGAUUUAUUUUUAGAAAAUAACUAACACGAAAGUCGUUUAAUUCGUCAUUAAUUUUGUAUGUUAAUAUUGUUUCCUAUGACUUAUAAAAUAAUUCAUUGGUAACAUAUGGAAAUGCAAAUAACGUUUUUUAACAUUAGUACAAGUAUAAAUAAAAAUUAGCACGUAUCAUUUAAAUACACAAUCUAGUCAUUAAUAAAAAAAAUGCGUAUUCAUUGUUAGAAUAAUCGUUACUAACCGAGAUGCAGAGUUUUCAAUAUAUUAAUACAAAAAUAUCUCGAGGAAAGUAUCAUUUUUACAUGCAUAAAACAAUAACUAUAAAUAAUAUUCGAUGGUGAUCGCGAUUUAAUAAAGUUAAAAGUUUAUUAUAUCGAUCGAUUUUAAUAUCUUUCUAAACGAUUAUAGAAUUAUAGAAUCUUUCGCGAUAAACGUCGUACAACUUUCUUUCCCAUAAUCGAACGCUUUCUAUUCAAAUUGGACGCGUACAAAAUCGUUUGUUCUACAUAUGCACGCACGCAUAUAGAUAUACGUAGUUUUCGUAUAAGGAAAAUAAAAAGAAAAGAAGAAGAAAAAAAAAGGGGGAAAAAGAAAAAGGUGUCGACAAUGAAGGAUCGAUAUUUAAGGUGUAACCUGUUUCUUAAGUUUACCGAUCGAUAAACCUCAUAACUAUUAUGGCGAGAAAUACGGAGAGAGUGACCAGGUGAAACGGGAAAAGUUUAGCUGGUAAAGAAAAGGAAAAAAGAAAAUAAUGCAACUACUUUCAACCUUCAUGGCGAGGCAUCUCAAGCGAGGAGCAUCCCUGAAAAAAGGGAAGCGCGAAGUCGUUGGAGGCGGAAGUCCUGUCAAAACUUCGUCAGCUUCCGGAAUAGCUUCGAACAAAUCCCUGAACGGUGUAUCUGCAUGUGGUAUUGCAGGAGGAUCUGCCAAUAUGACACUCAACGAUCCGGCACCCGACGAAGAGUUUGCAUUAGCCAUCGCACAAAAAACUCAGAGGGAUGCAGAAGCAAUACGCGGUGCCCUGUACCUUGGAUUGGCCCUUACAAUCGCCUGGAUAAUCGGAGCAGCUGGUUUAUCCUUAGCCUGGUUAGUUCUAGUUCUGGCAUUAGUUGGUACAAUCGUUAAGGCGAGAAUCUCGCGACUACUUCAAACAGCUCUUCAUAACGAAUUGGCCAGGUUAAGAAGAAGACGAGCCUUGUACAAAGAUGAAACAGCUGAGUGGCUUAGUUUAUUACUCAACAAAUGGUGGAGAUUUAGCGCAGCGAGUAUAUUUUCUUUAGCAAAGGAACGGUUGGAACCAUUAUUGAACGAAGCAAAACCUGGAAUAUUAGGACCAUUGGAGUUACGUGAACUAACUCUUGGGGAGCAAACACCAUACGUAACACGUGUGAGGACACUGGAUUAUAGUUGCGAGGAUGAAACGUUGGAUGGUCAUUCAGGAGAGAGAAAACUAUCAAUCGAGGCCGAUGUACGAUUGGACUGCGAGCAAUUUCGUAUGCUCAUAGCGUCCCGUCUCUUCGGGAAGGGCAGCGUCGGGAUGGACGUCGAUAUGGCCGUGGAAAAGUUGUCCCUAUCCGGUACAAUUCUCGCUACUCUGACCCUGAAUUCUCUGGCACCGUUUCCACACGCGACCAGCCUUAGCGUGAGCUUCUUGGAGAAACCGGAUGUUUGGUUCAGCGUGAGAAUCCUACGAGCCGUGCAGAUGAUGGAGAUGCCAUUAAUUAAGACCUGGAUUCAUGCUGUUGUUACCGAUGCUUUGGCCAGUUGGUUAGUUGAUCCGGGUCAUUUGGAAUUAAAUUUAAGAGCACAGGAAAGACCUGGUCCAGGAUUGGAUUCAUUGUCUAAUUCGAUACCCCAAGGUGUACUAACUGUUGUAUUGAGUCAAAAUUGUUUAGCACCUAUCAUUGGGGAUGAAGUUAGGUGGUUGGUCGUUACGAUAGGUGAUCAACGACGUGUCACGUCACAUUUGAGUCCAACUUGGACCGAAGAUGUUUCCUUUCUUGUUGGAUCAUUGGAGAACGAAAGGAUUACCAUCAAAUUGAAAACUAAAAGGCUCGUCAGUACCAUCACGUUAGCGCAAUAUGAAUUGGCAUUGGGUGUCUACAAUUGGGAAAAUUCUCAAGUCGUUGAAACCGUAUUACAACAAAAGAAACCAUCACGCAGCAGUUCUAACAUUCCAAAUAUCAACGCUCGAUUAGAAUAUACACCCAUACCUAAUUUGGAUCCGAAUUUGCCCCGACCUGAAUUAACCGAGGACAUGUUACACAAUGCAGUGCCACGAAAGUAUUUCUCUCGAGCACAGAAAUCAGGUGUCCUUGUGGUUUACAUACAUUCAUCAGAGAAUCUCAACUGUGAUAAUUCACAAUGUAAUCCUUACUGUAUGUUGUUCAAUAAUCGAAAAAAGGUGAAAACAACACAUUAUAUCCGUAAUACUAUCUCUCCACAUUGGGAAUGUAGAGCACAAUUUCUCGUACAGGAUUAUACUCAAGUUUGUUUAAGCUUCGUUAUAUAUUCUUGGAAUAUUUUAAAGGCCUGUGAUUCGGAUAUGCUCGGACUCGCGAUGAUGUCGUUGUCACAGGAAUCAACGUGGGUACUUAGAAAAGAAUUAACGUUGAACGGUACAAACAGUGUGUCCACCAUGACGGUUUCCGUAUUAUUUUAUCCUGUAAAGAGUGUACAACAAGUAGUUACCAGUCGAAGAAGCAGCAUGGUUCCCGUAGGCUCGGAUGACGAACCAAAAUCAAAGAGAAACAGUUUACCCUGGAUGCAACAAGCUAAAUUAUUAUUAACUCACAAAGACGUCGACCCUGCAUCUUCCGAUAUAUCGAGUCUUCUGUCCACUGGAAGCGGCUUAAUGGAAGUUACUUUGUUACGUGCUAAAGAUUUGGUUGCGAAAGAUUUAAAUGGCUUUAGUGAUCCCUUCUGCGAGCUCAAAUUAAAUAACGAAACUAAGUACAAAAGUAGUAUAAAAAAGAAAACUUUGAAUCCGUGUUGGGAUGAGAGUUCGAUCAUGGGUCUACCUCGGUCAGGAGAAAGUUUAGAUAUUGUCUUAUGGGAUCAUGAUACUUUCGGUAUGAAAGAUUAUUUAGGUAAAGUAUCAUUGACUCUUGAAGACAUAAGAAAACUUUCAAACAGCGAUCAGUCUCAUUGGUUCACGUUAAAGGGAACCAAAACGGGAUCUGUCGAGUUGAAAAUAAAAGUUCUCUCCGAGGAAUGCGAGACCCAAAGUACAUACGCAGCCAGUAACGCGAGUGAAGGUUCUUCUCGGUAUAAUAUCGAAACCGAAUCAAUAUCCAAUAUCAUAAGAAGACCAUCUAUGGAAAAAUCUAAGAUGAAGUUACAUCUGGAUCCAGUCAUCCCACCUCCGCCCCCUCCUCGUACUGUUACUUUAAUAAAACCAACGACGUCCAAUCAAUCUGACAAGACCAGUACGACAAGUAAAGAUUCGGUCGAAAUAAAUGGCACUCAAAAUUCAUGGAUUCCACGAGUUGCUGACGAAUCGAUCACCGAUGUUGUAGUCGACGAAGCUGAUGCACCAAAAAUUCGAGAAAGACGAUCAUCUCAUCACAGUCUAACACCAAGUCCCGAACAAAACUUUGGCAAGAAGUUACCGCAAUACAACAGUUUUCGUGUUAUGAAGCAAAAGGUGAAGAGAGGAUUGAAACUCCGCAGAUUUCGUUCGGAAGUUAACAUCGAGGAUAAUAAAAACGAAAGCAAGGGUAUUACUUUGAGUUUAGAACCAAGAGGUGGGGGUGAAGCCGAUGCUACGGAAUUGUUACAAGGUGCUGGUUUGGCACAUGCUGUUUCGCAACCUGAUAUGCUUGGUAGAAUAAGACAGCCUAGUCCACGUUUACGACUAAGACCAAAUGAAUUGAAAAUUGUUAAUGGAACAAGAGAAAGGUAUUCAGGAGUGGAAGGAAAAGUUUUACAAGCUCAGGGACUUCACGUUGCUCACAUAGCACAGUUAUAUUGCCGAGUUAAAUUUCAAACAUGCAACAGUCCAGACAAAAUGUCAUCUUCUGCUAACGCCGGUAAAACAAUAGCAAAGUCAAGAUUAUUACCGGCAAUGCCAAAUCCACAAUUCAGUAUAGAUUUUCAUAUAGAAAGCGACAGUAUUCCGAGACAAGCGUUGCUGAUAUUUGAAAUUAGGGGUGCCAGUAAAGAAUUAUUGGCUAGUCGACGUAUCACGUUACAUGAAUUAUUAGUAUCAGCAGCAAGCAAUGAAGUGCAUACCUGGCUGGCCUUGAACAACGGAGCUUCGUUAGAAAUACAAAUUGCACAUGGAAAGGAAUUAAAAAAUAAGUCAUCGAAAAAGUUAUUUCGUUCUUGGUCCGUUCAUCGAAUAGGAAAAAUAUGAGGGUUAGCCAAGGUCAGAAAUAUCUGACAGCGUUUUCAUUGAAAUUCGAUCAAUUUUUUUUUUCGUUUAUCUCUAAUAAAAAUCGAUUGGCUAUCGAUAUAUCGACCAAUAUUUCCCGAAGGAAAAGGAAACAAUUAUUCUAUAAUCAAUCAAAGACAGUACAACAUUUAAUUAAAUAAUAUAUUUCUAUUCUUAAUUCUAUCAGAAGAAUCUUUUAUUAAGAAUUUUAUCAAAGAAAGCAUUUCAAAUAUUUCUCAUUGUAAUAUCUCGUUUGUAUUAUAUAAUAUACGUAUAAAUGUUAAUAAUAUACGUUAAAUUAUAAAAAAAAAGAAAAUAUAUCGGAGUUCUAAACUCCAGUCUCUGUCGCUACGUUUAAAAAUUUUCAAACUAAUCAUAAUAUAUAUAUAUACUACAGAGAAUGUAAUUUAAUAUUAUACUAAUAAGGAUGAGACAUCCCUACUUCCGAAAUGAAAUAUAAAUCAUAUUUUAUAAAUAAAUCCUAUAUUGUUAUAUUUAUCAGUUAGCGUCGAUCCAUUCUUUAUUCACGAUAAAAAUAUAAUAAUUUACUUAGAAUGAAAAAGAAAAAAUAAUAAAAUAAAAUCAUUACAAAGACAAUUAAAAUUAACAAUAAAUAAAAUAUUUAUAAGAAAUCAAACGUUGCAUCGUAUUUCGAUUAAAUAAAACAAAUUUUCAAUCUUAUAAUUUAAAUAAAAAAUAAAAAAUGAAAGUAAGCAAAAAUGUGAAAAAUAUAAGUGGAUUAAUAAAUAAAAAAAAAAAAGAUUUAA